AGGUCAUUGUGUCCAAAGGUUAAGAGUAAUGAACCUCAGGUUUCCCCCUUCAUGGGGCAAAGCAGAGGCUGGGCAGUCUGCAUGCAUGCAAAGAGGGACCCCUGGAGCUUCCCUGGGGUGCCCAGAGGGCUGGGGGCUAAUUGAUCAGGAAAGGGUGCCGGGAGAGAUACUCAGAGGGGGCAGUGCUCAGAGAGGCCAGGGUACCUGGGUUAAUCAUCACUGAGGCUCAGAUAAGGCCCCGCCCACUGGAAGCAGAGUUAGCGUGACAGAAGGGUUUGUGUGGCUGAAAACACAGGAACAACAGGGUGUCCACAGCGUGCGACCAUGCCGGGCACAAAACGGCUUCAACAUGUGAUUGAGACCCCAGAGCCUGGCAAGUGGGAGUUGUCUGGGUAUGAGGCAGCCCUGCCAAUCAUAGAGAAGUCAAACCCACUGACCCAGGACCUCGACAGAGCAGAUGCCAAGCAAAUUGUUCGAUUGCUGGGACAGUGUGAUGCUGAGGUCUUCCAGGAGGAGGGGCGAGUCAUGCCCACAGACCAGAAACCGUAUAGUGAAUCAGUUCUGACCACCAUGGUCCAAGUGGCUGGCAAAGUUCAGGAAGUGCUGAAGGAACCUGAGCGGGGGCUGGUGGUGCUGAGUGGAGGGGGAACUGGCAGGAUGGCGUUUCUCAUGUCGGUGAGUACCCUGAUCCCCGAUUUUCCUUCCUCUGCCUUCUCGGGGUAACCCUCAGGACCAUAAAGCUCAUCAUAGCUAAGCUCCUAGGUGGCCCUCUUGAGGCCUGGCUCCCUCUCUUCUCAAAGACAGAUCUCACCAUGGAACCCCCGUAUCUUCGGAACCCACCUGG